CUCACCUGAACGCACCGGCCCGGUUCGGCUCCGGGACCGUCGGUGUGUGUGCGGCAGCAGGAGGGGGAGGGUCCGUUCCCGGUGGUUUCAGGUCUGCUGUGGACACGCCUCCUCUCAGAGGCUCGGCCCCUGACCCUAACCCUCAAUAAAGAAGUGGAUCAAUGAAAGAUUUUAGAGUCCUGCAGAGACGACGCAGCAGCAGCGACAUGAACGGGUCUACCGCCGAUACCGAGACCCGGUCCGGGUCCGACUCUGACGAGCUGGUUUUUUUCGUUAACGGCAAAAAGAUUGUGGAAAAAAACGUGGAACCAGAGACGACUUUACUGACGUAUCUGAGGAGGAAGUUGGGUUUAACAGGAACUAAACUUGGUUGUGCUGAAGGAGGAUGUGGAGCCUGCACCGUCAUGUUGUCCAGAUACCAGACUCAGACUGGACACCUGCUACAUUGUUCAGUUAACGCCUGUCUCACCCCGCUGGGAUCCUUACACCUGGUCGCCGUGACGACCGUGGAGGGCAUCGGCAGCGUGGCUCGCAGACUUCACCCUGUGCAGGAGAGGAUCUCCAGAGCUCAUGGCUCUCAGUGCGGCUUCUGUACUCCGGGCAUCGUCAUGUCCAUGUACGCGCUGCUGAGAAACAAGGCCACGCCCACGAUGGCGGAUGUGGAGGAGGCGUUUCAAGGAAACUUGUGUCGGUGCACGGGAUACAGAGCGAUCAUAGAGGGAUACAAGAGUUUCACUGAGGAAGGCGGCUGCUGUGGUGGAAGUGGGCGGGGAAAUGGCUGCUGUAUGACCAAUGACAAGCAGGGAGACACUGACGAAGUCACGUCUCUGUUUGAUGCAGCAGACUUUGCUCCUGUGGAUCCCACACAGGAAGUGAUUUUCCCUCCUGAACUCAUGUCUCUCACUAAACACCAGAGGGGGGGGUGUCUGUGUUUCCGUGGCAACCGAGUGUUGUGGCUUCAGCCCGACAGUCUGGACGAGUUCCUGCAGCUCAAGUGGAAACAUCCACACGCUCGAGUGGUGGUGGGAAACACUGAAGUGGGUAUCGAGGUGAAGUUUAAGAACAUGGUUUACCCGGUCAUCUUGGCUCCGGCCUUCAUCCCUGAACUCAACAGUGUGACUCACAGCGAGGAUGGUAUCGUGUUUGGCGCGGCGUGCACGCUCAGCCACAUGGGGGCGGUGCUAAAGCAGGCAGUGGAGGCGUGUCUUCCUCAUCAGAACCAGGUGUUUCUGGCCGUCCUGGAGCAGCUGCGCUGGUUCGCUGGACAACAGAUACGCAACAUGGCGGCUGUUGGUGGAAACAUCAUGACAGCGAGUCCCAUAUCAGACCUGAACCCUGUUUUCAUGGCAACAGGCUGCAAACUCACACUGAUGGACAAAGACGGCAGUCGCGUGGUUCAGAUGGACGACGGCUUCUUCACCGGUUACAGGAGAACUAUUGUGCGACCACAGGAGAUCCUGGUCUCUAUAGAGAUCCCAUACAGCCAGAAGACUCAGUUCGUCUCGGCCUUCAAACAGUCACCUCGCCGCGAGGAUGACAUCAGUGUCGUUACCGCGGCGAUGAGUGUCACCUUUACUCCGGGAACCAACGUCGUCCAGGACCUGAGACUGAGCUACGGCGGCAUGGCAGCGACCACGGUGCUGGCCAAGAGGACGAUGAACAGACUGCUGGGAAGACAUUGGGAGGAGGAGCUUCUGCAGGAGGCCUGCUCCUCAUUGGCUGAGGAGAUGACCCUUGACCCCUCAGUGCCUGGUGGCAUGGUAACGUACCGGCGAACUCUGACCCUCAGUCUCUUCUACAAGUUCUACUUGAUGGUUCUGCAGAAGCUCAGACGGCAGGGUGUGAACGUGGACGAGGUUCCCUCGGACUCUCUGAGCGCCACUCAGAUUUACCACCCACAGGCGCCCUCUAGUGUUCAGAUCUACCAGGGGGUGCCAGAGGGGCAGAGCGGGAACGACGUGGUGGGUCGUCCCAUAAUGCACCUGGCCGCCAUGAAGCAGGCGACAGGUGAGGCGGUUUACUGCGAUGACCUGCCGCUGUACGAGAACGAGCUCUUCCUGUCGCUCAUCACCAGCAGCAAAGCUCACGCUAACAUCACGUCUAUCGAUUCCAAGGCGGCGCAGAGUUUUCCUGGCGUCGUCUGUUGCGUGUUUGCCGACGACGUUCCGGGGUCAAACAUCACUGGAGUGAUCGAGUCUGAUGAGACUGUCCUCGCCGACCGCCAGGUGACGUGUGUGGGUCACAUCAUCGGCGCCGUGGUAGCCAACACACAGCAUCACGCACAAAGAGCCGCCAAGGCCGUCAAGAUCCAGUAUGAAGAGCUGGAACCCAUCGUUACCAUCCAGGAGGCCAUUGCUGCCAAGUCCUUCUAUCAGCCAACCAGAACCAUCCAGAAGGGAGACCUGGAGGCGGGGUUUAAACAGGCAGAUCACAUCCUGGAGGGUGAGAUCCACAUUGGGGGUCAAGAACAUUUCUACCUGGAGACAAACGUCACUUUGGCCAUUCCCCGAGGAGAAGAUGGCGAGAUGGAGCUUUUUGUCUCCACGCAGUCUGCCACCAAAACACAGACGCUGGUGGCGAAGGCGCUGGGCGUCCCGGCUAACAGGGUGGUGGUGCGGGUGAAGAGGAUGGGCGGAGGCUUUGGCGGGAAGGAGAGCCGAACCACUGUAUUGUCCUCCGUGGUUGCCGUGGCAGCAAAUAAGCUCAAGAGGCCAGUGAGGUGCAUGCUGGACAGGGACGAGGACAUGCUCAUCACCGGAGGAAGACACCCAUUCUACGGGAAAUACAAGGUUGGGUUCCUGAACAGUGGUAAGGUCGUGGCUCUGGAUGUGUCGUACUACAGUAACGUAGGAAACUCCAUGGAUCUCUCUCUGUCGAUCAUGGACCGCGCCCUGUUCCACAUGGAGAACUCGUACAGUGUGGCGAACAUUCGCGGCCGAGGCUUCCUCUGCCGCACCAACCUGCCGUCCAACACUGCAUUCAGAGGCUUUGGAGGACCACAGGGCAUGAUGGUCGCUGAGAGCUGGAUGACCGACGUGGCUCUGACUCUGGGGAAACCGGCUGAGGAGGUGCGCCGGUUGAACCUGUACAAGGAAGGUGAGUCAACACCGUACAACCAGAUUGUGGAUAACGUAACUCUGGACCGCUGCUGGGAUGAGUGUCUGUCCCGGUCUGGAUACCACCGACGCAGAGCUGCCGUAGAGCUCUACAACAGACAGAACCGAUGGACAAAACGAGGUCUUGCCAUCAUCCCCACCAAGUUCGGUAUCAGCUUCACUGCUGUUUUUCUCAACCAGGCUGGAGCUCUGAUUCACAUCUACACAGAUGGUUCAGUACUGUUGACUCAUGGUGGGACAGAGAUGGGACAAGGCCUCCACACCAAGAUGGUCCAGGUUGCGAGCAGGGUUCUGGGUAUCCCCUUUUCAAAAAUCCACAUCUCAGAAACCAGCACAAACACCGUUCCCAACACCAGCCCCACCGCUGCCUCUGCCUCCUCCGACCUCAACGGCGCUGCUGUGAAGAACGCCUGCGAGGUCCUGCUGAAGCGGCUGAAGCCAUACAAGACCGAGAACCCCAAAGGAUCAUGGGAGGAGUGGGUGAAAGCUGCAUACCUCGACCGCGUCAACCUGAGUGCAAACGGAUUUUACAGGACUCCAGAUCUCGGAUAUGACUUUAAGUCAAACUCAGGCCGAGCGUUUCACUACUACACUUACGGAGUGGCGUGUUCAGAGGUGGAGAUCGACUGUCUGACCGGCGCUCACAAGAACCUGAGCAGCACCAUCGUGAUGGACGUCGGUCACAGUCUCAACCCGGCGAUAGACAUCGGACAGGUGGAGGGGGCGUUCAUGCAGGGUCUGGGUCUCUUCACCCUGGAAGAGCUUCAUUACUCACCCCGUGGUGUCCUCCUUACUCGAGGUCCAGGUUCUUAUAAGAUCCCGGCCUUUGGGGACAUUCCUACCGAAAUGACCGUCUCGCUGCUUCGCGAUGCGCCAAACCACAAGGCCAUCUUUGCCUCCAAGGCGGUGGGCGAACCGCCACUCUUCCUAGCUUCAUCGGUUUUCUACGCCAUCAAAGACGCCAUCAUGGCUGCCCGGGCGGAGUCAGGUAUGAGCGGUCCAUUCAGGCUGGACAGCCCCGCCUCUGCCGAGAGGAUCCGCAACACCUGCAGCGACCACUUCACCAAACUGUGUCCGCCGCCUGCAGAACCCGGUUCCUUCACACCCUGGUCUGUGCAGGUCUAGGACGCUCGCCCAGUGAGAGCUAGCACUGAUGCUAAUCGUCAGGACACAGAUGAUCACUUCCUGUUAGCGUACUUCCACAAUUUGGUCGUAUUUGACGUCGUACACUGUAAAAAAAUGACGUGUCAAAAACAAAGUGGUUGAAGAAACCUUUCUAAAUGAACUGAAGUGAUGUCGUCGUUUUUAUAGAUUAUUAUUGUUGCAAAAGUUUAUCCAAACAUUUUGUUUUUACACUGAAAUAAAAGAUUUGAACUGA